UCGAAUUCCCGUGCUGGCCGGGUUUUGGUAACUGUGAAGUGGCAUCCGUCAGCGAUAAGAAGAAGACCAAGUAUGUUUGGAUGUAAAUAUUUGUACGUGAUGUUUAUUUUCUAGUGUAGAAAUCAAUGUGAAAUUGUUGCUUAUUGAAAAUGGACGAAAGUGCUAAAAGCCCGACUUCAGAUCAAGAAACUUCUGUGCCAAUUGUGAAGGAAGAGGAAAUAGAAGCGGAAAAAAGAAGUGAAAAUGAGGACAGUGAACGGACGGCAACGACCGCGGGCGAUGCUGAUGAGAGAAUUUCACUGCUGGAGAAGGAAAUUUCACAAAUGCAAUUACUGCUGACACAGAAGGAUGAAUUGGCGUCGCUGUACGACCGCGAAAAGAAGAUUUUGGAAAAGGAGAAAUGUGCGCUUAAACGUGAACUGGAAUUGGCGGUCAGGGAAAAAGAAAGUGCUGUUAUGAUUUAUGCAACAAAAGAAAAAAUUUUAUUAGAUGCCAAAAGGGAAAAAGAGAAUGCCGAAAAGCAACUGAAUGACAGCAAAAAAGAAAUUAAGAUCAUAUCUACAAAGUAUCAAUUGCUGAACGAGGAAAAAAGCCGAUUGGCCAACAUAAUCGAGGAAAAGUGCAACGAGGUGAAAAAGGUUCAACGUGAAAAUGAGAAAUAUAAAACGGAUCUCGGAAAUCUAGAAAUGAAGAUUAAAUGGAUUUCGAUUAAGCUAACGCAAGAGACGGAAAAUAAAAAUGCAAUGGAAAAACGGCUUAACGAAGUACUUCAAGAAAAAAAUGUCCAGUUAACAGAGGAGAAGUUAACAGAACAACAAAAAAUGGAGCAAGAAGCGCAUGUGAUUCUAUUGAAACAUGAAAACGAGAAAAAGGAAAAACAGCUUGAAGUACUCGAUAGGGAACACAAACAACUGUCGAGUAAAUAUAAAGAAAUCCAAGAGCUUUUACAACGGGAGCAAGAAGAGAAAGCGGCUAUCUUAUCAGAGCUUGAGGAAGAGAGAACCCAACACAAUAUUGUACAAAAUUCAUUAAGCCAGGAAUUAUUAAACUCUGCAAAACUGCGGAGCCAACUUGAAGAUUUGAGAAUUCUGCAAGCACAGGAUAUCAUAAAUAAAGAAGAGAUUGCAUCGCUUCUUACAAAUAAGGCAGAUCUUGAACAGAGAAUUGAAGACUAUAAGUCCGAUCUAAAGCAAUUGCGCGGCAAGGAGUCGGACCUUCUAAGUAUUAAUAAAGAAAUGACCGAAAAAAUUGUAGAGUUGCAAAAUGAAAUAUUCCUUCAAGCCUCAAAAAUGAAAGCAAUAAGUGCAGAAAAUGAAAUUUACAAAAAAGAAAAGUCGGAAUUCGAUACAAAAUAUAAUGAAAUAUCAGCAAAGUUGGAGGAAGAGAUUAAUAGCAAGAAUGAAGAGCGGCUGCUAUUCACGAAACACCUGUCGGAAAAAACGAAAUUGUACGAAGCCACAAAGAAGAAAUUAGACAAUGCGUUAGGUGAUUUAGAAGCGGUGAAAAAUAAACAUUCCCAAAUAAUAAAGGAAUUGAAUAGAGAAAUAAAUAAAUAUAAAAAACAUUCCGAGAGUGAAUUGGUGCGGAAAAACAGCACUGAUGAACCCCAAAUGCAACAACAACCAGACGUCGUUGGCGUUCGUGGUCAGAGUGAUAGUGAGACUGAAGCCCAAAGUGGGCAGAGUAGUUUUUCGUUACAAGAACCUUCCAAAAAGCACUUAGUUGAUCGCAUUCUACGUUUACAACAAGCAGCGACCAGGCAAACUGAGAAAAUAGACUUCCUAGAAAACCAUACCAUGUCACUGGUGGCAGAGUUGCAGAAGAAAUCAAAGCUCCUGCACUAUUACAUGCUUCGCGAUCAAGCUGGAGCACUAACUUCCAACAAGAGUGAUCAAAAUAAGACGGAGCUAGCUAAGUAUGGUGGCGUUAUGUCUGCAAUCUAUGGUGGUAUUAGAGGCAAUAAUCAAAGCAUGACUCUAGAACUGUCUUUGGAAAUUAACAGAAAACUGCAGGCCGUUCUUGAAGACACCCUUCUGAAAAACAUUACACUAAAGGAAAACUUGGAUGUGCUCGGUUUGGAAGUUGAUAAACUGACUCGACAGUUGGCUCAAAAUAAUGCUCACAAAUAAUGAGAACAAAAAUCUGAUACUUCUCAAUGUAUUGAAUUUCGCAGUGUACAAUAAAUCGCUAGAUCAAUUGAGGGAUUUGGGUUGGAGUAUUAUUGUUGAUUUUAUGCAACUGUUAUCAUUUAUGUACUUAUCUACACUAUUAUCGACGAUGCACUGGAAAAAGAGAAAUUGAAGGAACCAAUAGUACCUUAAAAUGUAUUUAAAUGUAGGCAUAUUGAGAAUGUAAAGGAAAAAUAGAUUUUAUUUAAAAUACACAUAAACUUGAUGAGA